CAUGGGCAGCCGGUCCUCCCUCGGCUCUGCCCUCCUCUCCUGGUGCGGCCAAGCCCAUUAAGCUGCUCUCCCAGCCACAACUGAAGGCCCCACUCCCCGGAAGGAAACCACUGAGGAGGCGUCCGAGCUCCCCUCACCCAAACCAUCAAUUAGUGCCAAUGAGGGAAGGCUUCCCUCUGCGUAAAGACCCCCGUGGGGCCCAGCUGACGGGGAAGCCCCACCUCCGUGACUCAGGAGGUUAAAGGCCGGGGCCAGCCUGGGAGCCCGGAGUGUCCAGAUGGCGUGCGGCAGUGGGAAGGUCACCAUCCAGCUGGUGGACGAGGAGGCAGGACCUGGAGCCCAGGGCCCGAAGCUUUUUAGAGGCCAGAGCUACGAGGCAAUCCAAGCAGCCUGCCUGAAUGAGGGGAUCCUGUUCCGCGAUCCCUACUUCCCAGCUGGCCCUGAUGCCCUUGGCUAUGACCAUCUGGGGCCGGACUCAGAGAAGGCCAAAGGAGUGGAAUGGAUGCGGCCCCAUGAGUUCUGUGCUGAGCCCCAGUUCAUCUGUGAGGACAUGAGCCGGACAGACGUUUGCCAGGGGAAACUGGGUAACUGUUGGUUUCUCGCCGCCGCCGCCUCCCUCACUCUGCACCCCAGACUCUUGUGCCGAGUGGUGCCCCCUGGACAGGGUUUCCGGGACCACUAUGCCGGUGUCUUCCACUUCCAGCUCUGGCAGUUCGGCUGCUGGGUGGACGUCGUGGUGGACGACAGGCUGCCCGUGCGCGAGGGGAAGCUGAUGUUUGUGCGCUCGGAGCAGCGGAACGAGUUCUGGGCCCCCCUUCUGGAGAAGGCCUAUGCUAAGCUCCACGGCUCCUAUGAGGCGAUGCGAGGCGGCCACAUGAACGAGGCUUUCGUGGACUUCACAGGUGGUGUGGGCGAGGUGCUCUACCUGAGACAAGACAUCGCGGGCCUCUUCUCGGCCCUGCGCCACGCCCUGGCCAAGGAGUCCCUCGUGGGGGCCACUGCCGUGAGCACUCAGGGCGAGUACCGUACAGAAGAUGGGCUGGUGAAGGGACAUGCAUAUUCCGUCACGGGUACGCACAAGAUGUCCCUGGGCUUCACCAAGGUGCGGCUGCUGCGGCUGCGGAACCCCUGGGGCCGUGUGGAGUGGACCGGGCCCUGGAGCGACAGCUGCCCACGCUGGGACAUGCUCCCCCCUGAGUGGCGAGAUGCCCUGCUGGUGAAGAAGGAGGACGGUGAGUUCUGGAUGGAGCUGCAGGACUUCCUCUGCCACUUCAACACCGUCCAGAUCUGCUCGCUGAGCCCGGAGGUGCUGGGCCCCAGCCCGGCCGGAGGCGGCUGGCACACCCACAUCUUCCAAGGCCGCUGGGUGCGAGGCUUCAACUCCGGCGGGAGCCAGCCAGCCGCCGAAACCUUCUGGACCAACCCCCAGUUCCGGCUGACGCUGCUGGAGCCGGAUGAGGAGGAUGAGGAUGAGGACGGGCCCUGGGGGGGUUGGGGGGCCGCGUGGGCCCGGGGCCCUGCCCGCGGCGGCCGCGUCCCCAAGUGCACUGUCCUCCUGUCACUCAUCCAGCGCAACAGGCGGUGCCUGAGGGCCCAGGGUCUCACGUACCUCACUGUGGGCUUCCACGUGUUCCAGAUCCCAGAGGAGCUGCUGGGCCUCUGGGACUCCCCGCACAGCCGCGCGCUCCUGCGAGGGCUGCUGUGCGCCGACCGCUCGCGCUUCUGCGCCCGCCGCGACGUGAGCCGCCGCUGCCGCCUGUUCCCCGGCCACUACCUGGUGGUGCCGAGCGCCGCCCGCGCGGGCGACGAGGCCGACUUCACGCUGCGCGUCUUCUCGGAGCGCCGCCACGCCGCCGUGGAGAUAGACGACGUGAUCAGCGCUGAUUUGCACGCUCUCAUGGCCCCCGACAUUCCCCUGGACCUGGGGUUGAAGCAGCUGUUUCAGGAGCUGGCAGGAGAGGAGGAAGAGCUCAGUGCCUCUCAGCUCCAGACCGUAUUAAGCAUUGCCCUGGAGCCUGCCAGGGCCCACAGCUGGACCCCCAGGGAGAUCGGCCUCAGGACCUGUGAGCAGCUGCUGCAGUGCUUCGGGCACGGCAGAGGCCUGGCCCUGCACCACUUCCAGCGGCUCUGGGGCCACCUCCAGGAGUGGCAGGCCAUAUUCGACAAGUUUGACCAGGACGCCUCUGACACCAUGAACUCCCAUGAGCUGAGGCUGGCGCUGAACGCUGCAGGCUUCCACCUCAACAACCAGCUGACCCAGGCCCUUACCAGCCGCUACCGGGACAGCCGUCUGCGUGUGGACUUCGAGCGCUUCGUGUCCUGUGUGGCCCAGCUUACCUGCAUCUUCUGCCACUGUAGACAGCACCUGGAUGGGGGCGAGGGAGUCAUCUGCCUGAGCCGUCAACAGUGGAUGGAGAUGGCCAACUUCUCCUAGGAUCUUGGCAGGGGAGUGCCUGCGGCUGGAGGCAGGAGGGCUGCAGGAGCCCUGCCUUCCCUGGUCACCUGGACCAGCCUUUCCACAGCAAGGGAUUCUGAGCCAAACCAGCCUCCCAGCCCCUCCACCUCCCUGCCUGGCAUGAGGUAGAUGCACUGGCAUCAGGCAGUGCUUCUGAGCACGGCCUUGGGAGCCGGUCUGCCCCACACUCACCACUGGUGACGCGAGGCAGGCCGCUGCCCUCCAUGCUCUGCUCUCCUCGCCUGUUAAUGGGGACGACGCACCCUCCGUGGACAGGCUGCCCGAGGCGGCUGUGUGCUGAGAACAGUGCCUGGCCCUGACUGGGUCCCCAAUAGCAUUCUCAUUCUACACACGCAUGGGAACAGGGAUUGUGGCACCCCCAGGCCCUGCCCCACUCUGCGAGAGGUGCUGUAUCACCACUCUGCUAAAAAUGAGAGCACAGAGAUUGGAGAGAAAGAGAGGAUACUGUAGACUCCUUAAAAAUAUUACAUGUUUUAUUAUCCUGUCCCCAGAAGGGUGGUUUAUCCAGAAACCAAGAAAAAAAAAAAUCAAUCCGAAUAAAACAAAAGGGAAGUGGGAAAGGAACAAAACCAUCAACUAACAGGCAGCCAGGCCAGCAGCCUACCCCCCACUCAGGAGGGUCCCCAGAGACCCAUGCCUGAUGGCAGACAAAAGAAAAAUCAGUAAGGGGCUGGGGGAGGGGAGCAAAUCAGCUAUGUCUUCAUUACGAGAGCAAGAGGCGGCAAAGAUAUGUUGCUAGGUGAAUAUAUAUUUAUAUAAUAAAUCCGUAACUUAAUAAAGUAAAUAGUAAUUCUCUGAAAGGUUUAAAAUUUUUAUAGCUUUUUUUUUGUGAUUUUGUGGGGUUUUUUUGUUUUGUUUUUUUUUGGUUUUGGUCCUUAGAAAAUCUGAGAGACGCAGGUCCAGACAAAGCCAGGUGGGAGCUGGUUGGGGCCAGGGUAGAAGGCUGGGUGCCCAAUCCACUCUUCUGUUGUGGAAGGGGACACUGAGCUGCACCCCCCACCUCCUGGCCAUCGCAAAGGAGGGGAGGGGUGAAGGGAGCAGGGUGGGGUCCUCUCCUAUUGGUAGCUGUGGUGCCCUCUGCUGGGCCCAUCACAGGUGUGAGCAGUUCCUGGACAAGGCACAUAGGGCUUUGGCCUAGAUGUGGGAGGCCUCGCAGGACCUCGGGAGGAGGAAGAGGCAGGCUGGGUGGGCGUUCCUUGGGCCGGGAGAGGACCUGUUUGCUGUGGGGAUCCACUGUCCCCUCCACAUAGUUAAAAA